AUGGAGACCUUCUCUCUGCUGCUGCUUGGCCUAGGAUUGAUUCUUGCAGAAGCCUCAGAAAGUAUAAUGGAGAUAAUUAAAGAAGAAUUUGCAGGGGAAAAGAUGCAACCCAAGAUAGCGAAAAGUGACCAAGGAAAGGAGACUGAUGAGGUAUUAAUGAACUUAACUCUGUUUGGCAAAAAUGCCAGCCUCAGCUUGCCCAAGGCUGCUGUGCCUUCUCCACUACUGACAUGUAGAUUGUGUUAUAGCAUCCCUGAAGGAAGCAGUGCCCUUGCUGACAAAGAGUGUUGCAGCGACAUGAUGGCCUGGAGCAAAGUUCCAGAAGCUAUUGGGCCAUGCAAAUGGAGCAAUAGCUUCAUCCAUGGCCCCACUGAGGUGAUUCACAGGGUCAGCAAGGCCUCCAGCUGCAAGUGUGGACAGAACCGUGGCAUACGGCGCUGUGAGAGCCCAGAACUGGAGAAUUCUGCGUGCCAGCUCACCACAGGCAAGCAGUUCCCCAGGUGCCCACACCACAACAUCACCUUAUUAAAGAAGAUAUUGACAGUGCUGGCAGGUCAUUCUCUGAUGAGCUGGUUGACUCUAAACUGUAAACCCCACAGGAUGUGA